CGGAAACUGACGCUGUACACCGAAUCUGUACUAGUACGCCGCGGCUAUGGCUACCACGAAAGUUACUGGCUAUAACGUGAAAGACAUACGCUUCCCAACAUCUUUAGAAAAGGAUGGCUCUGAUGCAAUGAACACGGCACCAGACUACUCUGCACCAUAUCUCACUCUAAAGACAGACUCACACCUGGAAGGUCAUGGGAUCACCUUCACCUUGGGGAAAGGAAACAAAAUUGUAUGCCAUGCUAUUGAUGUACUGGUUAAGAUGGUCAUCGGCAAGAAGUUAUCAGACAUUUACUCCAACUUUGGAUCAUUCUGGCGAACUCUGACCAGUGAAGAUCAGAUGAGAUGGCUGGGUCCGGAGAAGGGAGUAAUGCAUUUAGCUGUAGCAGCUAUCAUCAAUGCUUUGUGGGAUUUGUGGGCAAAGAUGGAAGGAAAGCCUCUUUGGAAACUUUUGGUGGACAUGGAACCAGAACAGUUGGUCUCCACUAUAGAUUUCAGAUACAUGGCUGAUGCCUUAACCAAAGAUGAAGCUCUUGCAAUUCUGAAGAGCAUGCAAGCAGGAAAGAAAGAAAGAGAGUCUGAAGUGAUCUCAAAAGGAGUGCCUGCGUAUACAACGACUGUUGGUUGGCUGGGCUAUUCUGAUGAAAAGUUGAGGAGGUUAUGCAAAGAAGCCCUUGCUGGAGGUUGGACUAAAUUUAAAGCCAAGGUUGGAGCUGACUUGAAAGAUGAUAUCAGGAGGUUAACGAUUAUCCGGGAGGAGAUUGGACCUGAUAAUAUUCUUCUUGUCGACGCCAAUCAGAGAUGGGAGGUGCAGGAGUCAAUAGACUGGAUGAAAGAACUAGCCAAGUUCAAAAUCACCUGGAUUGAAGAACCAACCAGCCCAGAUGAUAUUCUUGGACAUGGUGAAAUUGCAAAGGCAUUGAAUCCACUUGGAAUAGGUGUUGCCACUGGGGAGGCAUGUCAGAACCGCGUAAUGUUUAAGCAGUUUUUGAAGAGUCAUGCCCUGCAGUAUUGUCAGAUUGAUAGCUGUAGGCUUGGAGGAGUGAAUGAAAACCUGGCCGUCAUUCUGAUGGCCAAAAAAUAUAAUGUUCCAGUUUGUCCCCAUGGAGGUGGUGUUGGACUCUGUGAGUUAAUUCAGCAUUUGGCCACAUUUGAUUUAAUAGCAGUCUCAGGAAAUCUGGAGUCACGAAUGGUAGAAUUUGCCGAUCACUUAAGCGAGCACUUCAUAAAUCCGUGUGUGGUCAAGAAUGGACACUAUGUUGUGCCACAGGCUAUAGGAUACAGCAUGGAUAUGAAAGAAUCCUCACUGCAGGAUCAUGAAUAUCCGACUGGGAAAGUCUGGCAGAAGUUAAUAGCAGACGGAAUUUGCAUCGCAGAUGACGUGUAGCCUUGUGUAGGUCGCCCAGUUUUCUUGCCAGUUCAAAUAAUUGUGUGCCAAUUCAAAUGAUUUCUUUUGAAAGACCAUAAUAUAAUAAUAAGCUUACAUUAUAACAAUUACACAUACUCGGUCAAUUGCCAUGUGUAGGCAUGCUUUUUUAAAUGUUCUUUUGAUUUUGAAUUGUAGGUUGUGAAGGUAUGAUUAAUCAGAUGCUCCCAAAACCGUUCAUGUAUUAUGAAAUGUAUACAUCCUGAUAAGGACACCUGUAUAAUAGGCUGUGUUUUCUUCAGUUUCCCGUCCCAACCAGUUCUCUUAUGACUGGUAUAUCAAAGGCAGUGGUGUGUGCUGUCCUGACUGUGGGGAAGUGCAUAUAAAAGAUACCUUGCUGCCAAAUGUUUGAUAUUGAAUAAAUAAGUGUGCUCUAGUGGUGUUGUUAAACAAAUCAAACUUUAACUUUUUUGUUCUUUAUAAAGAUUGUGUUUAAAAGCUGCAUUUGAUCAUCUGAAGGGUUGGCAUUCAACUGUCAGUAGAGUGCUUGUGUGUUUCUUCGGUUUCAAUCCGUGUUCCACAAAUGGACUAUAUGCUUUAGAGGUGUUAUUACACAAGACAAAUCUUUUUUGAGCCAUCACUGGUGUACACUUUAUACAAUCUGUAUUCUAAUCGGUGUCUAGUCCAUCGCUUGUCACGUCACCUCAGCCUGACAUGACUGUGUACCUUGGAGUGGAUUUUUGGUAGUUUAGUUUUUAAUAUCGUUAAUUUCAAUACUGAAUGGAAUAAAGCUUGGUGUUGGUAUGAUCAUAACAAAAUCACUCAACUAUAUGCUUUAGAGGUGCUUUAUACAUAUUUAUUGAUGAACCAAGAUUUAAUUGUUAUGCAAGACAUUUAUUAUUUUACAUCAUAAUUCGUAUUUGACAGCAUACUGCAAACGUCUUACUUGUGUAGGUUGAUCAGUUAACAUUUGUGUAAGAAAAUUGAGGAAUAAAUAGAUUUUUUUUUUUAUGGAUUGCAGAAUAAAAUUAACACUAUUUAAA